AUGCCCGGCUUUGACUUCAGCAAUUACAACCGCAACGCGGCUCUCCACGCCCGAGGAGUCCCUUUACCCAAAGCCACAAGCACAGGGACGACCAUUGUGGGCUGUAUAUUUGACAAUGGCGUGGUGAUCGCUGCAGAUACCAGAGCCACAAGUGGUCCUAUAGUAGCCGACAAGAACUGCGAAAAGCUGCACUAUAUCUCCCCCAGCAUCUGGUGCGCAGGCGCCGGUACUGCUGCUGACACAGAAUUCACCACCGCUCUCAUCUCCUCCAAUCUUGAACUACAUUCUCUCUCAACAGGCCGAAGUCCCCGUGUCGUGACGGUGAUGACUAUGCUGAAGCAACAUCUCUUCCGGUACCAAGGUUAUAUUGGAGCAUAUUUGGUGGUUGCUGGUGUUGACCCGACGGGUGUCGGAUUGUUCACUGUUCAUGCCCACGGAUCAACGGACAAGCUCCCUUAUGUCACCAUGGGCUCCGGUUCACUAGCGGCAAUGGCGGUCUUCGAGUCAACGUGGAAAAGAGGUUGUAGCAGAGAAGACGCCAUCAAACUUUGUGCCGAAGCCAUUCUGGCAGGUAUUUUCAACGACUUGGGAUCGGGAAGCAAUGUCGACGUAUGCGUGAUGGAGAAGGACAAGCCAACACAGUUGAUGAGAAACUACAUCAAACCCAAUGAGCGGGUGAAGAAGGAACGAAACUACAAAUUUGCGAAGGGCACAACAGCGGUGUUGAAUGAGAAGGUGAUCACCAAAGAAGAAAUUGGGCGCUAUGUGACCGUGCAUGAAAUUGGCAGUGGAAGUGAUUCGGAUAGCCUGGUGGUGGUCGAGAAGAUGGAUGUGGACGAUGCGUAA